UUGAUUUGUCCUGUCUCUUGGUAGAGUUGCCUGGUAAUAUUUAGAUUAUGUUCUACAAGACGCGAACGAAGGGUUCUCAGCCAUCAUGCGUGAAGUGUGUGUUUAGCUAGCUGGCAGGAGAAGCCUUGCUGCCUGUCUCCCAGCUGCUGAUAGCGGAGACUAGUGGAUUUAAUCGACGCUGGACAGGGUCGUCACUACUAGCAACGGGGGCGCUCGGAGCUGCAACUGCAAUCCCACAACAAAACGUAACAGGCUUCCCCUUGCACCACUACCUCCUCCUCUUCCUCUUCCUCCUCUUCCCUGUCUCUCCUCUCCCGUCUCGUACAUAGGAGGUCUAAUUUCUUGCCGUGUUCUCGACAAGGAGAGAUGUGGGACUCCAGAAUUAGAGAGCCAGAGACAGGGCCAGGAUCUUUGAUAGUGUGAUGAGAAGUACCAGUGUUGCUGGAUGAGCUCGGAUUUCUGUGCUAAGGAGCUCCACGCCUGCAAAAGCUCCGGAUGUGACCACGGCAUGAAACUGGUGCUGCGGGGGAGGCGUCAUGCACUUCUGGAUCGACAAGAGAAACGCAUGCGGUCUGCGGCGAGCUCCGUUUGUGCGCCCAGCCCGCCCGUACGGUCCCAAGCCCCGCUACCGCCCAAUGGUCACCCCCGUACACAGGUUCCAGCGGAUCGAGUUGAUGCAGCUGGAGAAUGGUCGGUGUGGGGAGGGACGUGCUGGACCUCAGGGACGCAGCCGACGUCACGGCUCCGCCUCCCGACCGACGCCCGACGAAGACGACGACGAGAGCGUCCGCGUCCACCUGGCCAACGACACCGCCACGCCCACCACGCCCGCGGGAGAGAUGUGCCUGGCACGCCUCAACGUGCCUUCCUCCGCCCACACCUCCCGCAGGACCUCCGCCAACUCCUCUGUGUACUCGCACAUCCCCGACAACUUUAACUUGUUCCGCAUGGGCGGCAUCAAUUGGUGCGUGUGGGCGGCCUUCAUCGUCAUCACCAUGCUGCUAGUGCCCGCCCACCUCUACCUCAAGAACUUCGACUACCGAGGCGAACUCAUUGGCAUCUUCUUCGUCAUCAUCCUUCUCUUCCUCGUGUGCUUCUCUGUGUCGCUCUUCCACACUAAGACUCGAGCCAUCCUCCUCCAUAGGCUCAACCUCGAGGACGAUGCGCGGACAUGUGCCUUGGACUCCGAGACGGCCUCGCCCUCCCGUCGGAGGGCUCUCUUCCCCACCAGCAGCCUCGCCAGCAACCGUCUCCCUCGCCACGUGUCUUACCCUCUCGUCCGUGUCUCCAUGUCCACGCCGGACCUCCUUAUCAACGGACAAACUGCAAGUGCAACGGAGAGAGUGGGUCGCUCACACCCCCAUGUCCCCAGAGGGACCCUCAAUGGCAUUCUGAGAUCGUAUGAUCUGACGAACCAGAGGACACAGAUAUCUGUGGCCUCCGAGGCUGGCAGUGACCCUCCGCCCUACCAUCUGGCCAUCCUGCUACCCACUCCCACACAUUCCCCGACCUCCAGAGGAGGCUGUGAAACGCCUCCACCCGCUUACGAGGUGGUGCAGUGACGUACGCUACACUAGUGUGUUUGUGUGUGACUCUAGAAGUGAGCACGACGUACUUUGACGUCUGUGAGGAUGUACAUCUUCUUAGUAGGCAAACAUCAUCAUCUUAGUGUAUUAUGAUUUUUAACAUGUACCUCCCUGAGGAUAAGACUCGUUUGAAGUCGGUGGCUUUUGAGUCACGGUCAGUGUGGGAUAACACCAGCCACACUACACCGGCCAUGCUAAACUAGCCACAUCAUGCCAGCCAUGCUACACCAGCCAUACUACACAAGCCAUGCUACACUAGCCACACUACACCAGUCACACUAGAGGGGGCACUACUUCAGGAGAGAAAUCUCACACCUAACAAUGGGGUGACGAAGCACAAACCAGUUCUUCAUUAUUUCUUUGUGAUCUUACUGUUAUUUAUUCCGUCGAGUGAGGAGGCGCAAACAUGAACGCAAAUGUCUAGUGAAAAAUACGAGGUUUUCAGCUCACAAUACUGAAUCAAAGAUCAUGUGUGUAUAUUGCAGAACAGAUCUCAAGCAUUUCAACCCAUAGAAAAAAAAAUUAAUUUUUACAGCCACUCUCUGGCUUCUUUGCAACUUUCAACCCAGGAGGGAAAAGUAACCAUAAAAGGGGGUUUAAAACCACCUACUGGCUUCGUUAUAACUCUCAACCCAUGAAAUAUAUCAGCAUAAAUAAUGUAGUGGUUAACAUCUGUCCCAGUUCACAACAACGCAUGUCUUUCAGCCAUAUUAGCAAAUCUAAAUACACAAGCAGUUUUUUUUGGCUUUGCCACGUCUCUCGUAACUUGGGUUUAUUGUCUUUUAAACUGCCUUAAAAUAUGCCAAAUUCCUCUUGGUGUGUCGCAUAUUUCCGAGCACAUUUAACUAUAUGAAGUGCACAAAUAUAUCACGUAUUCACUAGAGUAUUUUGAACGAAGCGAAGAGAGAGAAUCCGGAGACGUGGUUAGGAAAAGAGAAGAGAUUGUAUGUUACCUCAAGGGUAGUUAUCAUGAUAUCUUGUACCUUACUGCCUGUAUGGCUGCUCGCUAUCCAGUGCCAGUAUUGAUGCCACUCGUGAAAGACCCCUAAGACUCCCAGUCGUCCUGGCGUCUCGGGGCACUCGUAUCUUCUCAAAGACUGGAGACCCAGUCUCAAGAUAUUACUGUGUAAGUGAUCACUGUAUAAGUGAUGUUCUGCAUUUGUUAGACUGAGGAUCGAGCCUCCACCACUUAGUAACCUCAAAUGGGUCAACAAAAUGAUGUGAGUCUUAGGUCAUACUACCAACUGCGGCCUCCAGGAGGGAGAAGUAGUACCCUUGGAAGUCCCCUCAAGGAGGGAUAUUGGGAGGUGCCUUGAUGCCAGUGAAGAGCUCCUGAUCCAAUGAUCUCGAGUUCCUCUCCUCUUCCUUGGAUCAAGCCUGAUUACAUCCCUCUCCCCAGAUGCUGUUAAAUAGCAAGAUUGAUCUAAUCAAUCACAGUGACAGAAUAAUACAGAGGUUUGUCAAUAACCUUAAUUUAAACCAAAACUAACCAGAUGGUCCCCAAACUAUUCAGAUAGGUUCCAAACUAUCCACAUAUAUUCUAAAGUAUUUAGAUAGCUUUCAUACUAUCCAGAUAGCAAUUAAACUAUCCAGAAAAAUGUGAACCAACCAAAAGAAAUCCAUGAAUAAUCUUGAUUAUUAAAUAAUCCUGCUUGUUUAAUAAUCCUGAAUGUUAAAUAAUCUUGUUAAAUAACCCAAUGAGGACUGAAAUAAUUCAGUGUGGCAAUAAUUUCUAAUUUAAGCGGCUGAAAGUAAUUAUAGAGAGAUGAGCGAGUAAUUAUAGAGGGGUGAGGGAGUAAUUAUAGAGGGGUGAGGGAGUAAUUAUAGAGGGGUGAGGGAGUAAUUAUAGAGGGGUGAGGGAGUAAUUAUAGAGGGGUGAGGGAGUAAUUAUAGAGGAAGGAGUAAUUUUAAAGGGUUGAGAGUUCAAUUAUAGGGAGGUUAAGAGUGCCAUUAUAGGGGGUUGGUAGGGUAAUUAUAGAGGGUUGUACUAGUGCUGAUAGCUUUAAUUAUCAUUUAAGUCGAGACUUCUGAGUUGGUAUUGGUGAAGGGCUCUUGAUCUGAGGAACCGGAGCCACCUCUCCAUUUCCUUGGAUCAAACCUGAUUACGUGCCAGUCUCCAGGCGAUGUACAGCUCCGACGGGUUUAGUAUAUCACAUCAAUAUAAUAAUAAUAACAAUAAUAAUAAUAAUAAUAAUGACUUGUAAAUAUUUAAAUUGUUGCAAUCAAUAAUUUGUUAAAGCGGAACGUUCAUAAUCACACGUUUAAAAAAUCUCUGUAAAUGAUUUACGCUAAAUGAUUCACGUUAUUUAUAUGUACCAUGUUGAAUUUU